AGCUUAUUUUCUUUCACUAUUUUCUGAUAGGUGGAGGAAUUAGAGCAAGAGGUAUCACAGUUGCAGCAAGUUCUUAAAGACAAGCAGGAACAAGAACAUGCUAUGCUCCAGGUUCUAAUGCGAGUAGAACAAGAGCAGAAAGUGACUGAAGAUGCUCGGAUAUUUGCAGAACAAGAAGCUGCUGCCCAGAAAUAUUCUGCUCAUGUGUUCCAGGAAAAGUAUGAAGAAGCCAUGUCUUUACUUGCGAAAAUGGAGAAGAGAGCAAUAAUGGCAGAAUCUAUGUUAGAAGCUACUCUGCAGUAUCAAUCUAGCCAAGACAAGUUACAAUCUCCAAGAACCCCUUCUGCGGAUAAUCAACCGGCAAGAUACAAUCAGGAUCCAUCUCAAGAUUUCCCUGCCAGAAAAGUAGGCUUGCUUUCUAUGCCAUUUGGACUCGGGUGGCGAGAUAAGAAUAAGGGAAAACCGAGCAAUAUCGAGGAGAACGUUGAAGUGAAGACCUCUAAUGGUCAGGGCCAGGAACUACCAGCUCCAGGCGACAAAGAUACGAACGGGCACCACGAAUUUGAGAAGGUGGAGCUUUGAUGGAGAUAAGUGAACGUAUCAACUCAAAUCAUGUUACUUAUCUUGGGCUCAUAUCGUGCUGUGCUGAUUCCUGUUAAUGCCAAUGCCCCAUGAAGAUCGCAGGAAAAGCUGAGUUUGCUUGUUGUAUCAUCAGUCCCAAAUUCUGAUAAAGCUGCAUCUGUGCAUUAAUAUUCAUUGUAAUUUGUCAUACAAAACGAUAUAUGAGUUACGAUAUAUGAGUUGAUAAGUCAUUGUUUGAUUAUAUACUAAUAAACAAUUGGUAUAAUAAAGCCAAUAAAAAUGAGCUGUUGAGAUCAAA